AUGGCCGGAAAACAAGCGUUGAUCGUCCCCGCUCUCAAGAAACAUACCGCGACCGUGAUUAUGGCGCAUGGACUGGGGGACAGAAUACUCAUUGCAGCCAGGGUAUCACUGGCAGAAACCUGGCGAAGGCGGGGAAAGUUUGAGGACGUCAAGUUCGUCUUUCCCAAUGCACCGAGCAUUCCCAUUACCGUGAACUUGGGCAUGCGCAUGCCUGGAUGGUACGAUAUCACCGACUUCUCCGAACUCAGGCAAGCCCACGAUGAAGCGGGCAUCCUGCGCUCCCGUGCAACCUUCACCAAACUCAUCAACGACGAGAUGGACGCCGGUCUACCCUCCCAUCGCAUAAUCCUAGGCGGUUUUUCCCAAGGCGGAGCAAUGUCUAUUUUCACAGGCGCCACGACAUCGCACAAACUGGGCGGGGUUUUUGGAUUGAGCUGCUACUUGGUGCUCGGGGAUAAGAUCAAGGAAUUCGCGAAAGAGGCGAACGGCGCGAACAAAGACACGCCUUUUUUCCUGGGUCACGGCGACGCGGACGAACUUGUCAAGUGCCAAUGGGGACAGCAGUCGGCCGAGUUCUUGAGGAAGGAACUGGGGCAUAAAGUCGAGUUCAAGACGUAUCCGGGGCUGCCUCAUUCAGCGGACAUGAAAGAAAUUGACGACUUGGAAGAGUUCAUCAAGCAGUGUUUACCGCCUAAUGAGGCGUUGUGA